ACUAAUUUCCUUUGCAGCUUGGCGAGAGAGGGAGAGCGCGCGCCGUGGAGGCUCCAAGUGGAGAAACUCCUCCGGCAGCCAGUGCCACAUCACUAUUCUGACCGCACAUAAAGGCGCUCCAGCAUGCUUCUGAGGCUCCUGCUGUUUCUUGGUGCCCUGGUUAGGGUCACUGAGCCUGCCCCACGCUGUGAACCCGGCCAGGAAACCUUAGGACUAUGCCAAACAGGAGAAAAAGCAAAAUGCGUGGACAUCACCUUAGGCUCUUGUGGUGAUGUUCCCUACACCAAAACAAUAUAUCCUAAUUUGCUGGAUCAGAAGUCCAGAGGAGUGGUUGAAUUCAGCUCUGAAUAUAUUCUCAUGAGUGUGCUACACAACUUGCUUCAGGGAGAAUGUAAUCCUGAUCUGAGACUCUUGAGCUGCUCAAUACUGGCCCCACAGUGUGAAAAAGACAAAAUGAUAAAGCCCUGCAGGCACGUCUGUGAAAACCUGAAAAAAAAUUGCCUUCCUGCAUUUGACACAAUAGACAUGGCUUGGCCCUACUUCUUAGACUGUGAUCGCUUCUUUGCUGGUGAAGAAGAAGGUUGUUUUGAUCCACUGGCAAAGCUACGAGGGGAGCCAGAAUUAGCUGAGGAAGAUUUACUUGUGGAGGUUCCUACAACUUUAAUUCAGUUCACCCAUCAUUCGUAUUACAAAAUGGUGAGCAUUUUGAAGAAGACUGCUUCUAGGUGCUCCCACAUUGCAAGAACUUACAGCAUUGGCCGUAGCUUUGAAGGGAGAGACCUUUUUGUGAUUGAGUUUUCAACCAAUCCUGGACACCAUGACCUGAUGAAGCCAGAAUUUAAGUAUAUUGGAAACAUGCAUGGAAAUGAAGUUGUUGGAAAAGAAUUGUUAAUAUACCUUGCACAAUACUUGUGCUCUGAAUAUCUCCUUGGGAACCCCAGGAUCCAGACUUUGAUAAACAACACUAGAAUUCACUUUCUGCCUUCACUGAACCCAGAUGGGUAUGAACUUGCUGCAGAAGAGGGAGCUGGUUACAAUGGAUGGAUUAAUGGACGUCAAACUGCUCAGAACCUUGAUCUUAACAGAAAUUUCCCUGACUUGACAUCUGAAGUUUACAACAGAGCCGGGCUCCGAUGGGCACGCCUAGACCACAUCCCCAUUCCACAAUCCUAUUGGGAGGGUAAGGUAGCACCGGAGACAAAAGCAGUUAUGAAGUGGAUGAGGGCUAUACCAUUUGUAUUGUCUGCCAGUCUCCAUGGAGGUGAAUUAGUUGUUACCUAUCCUUAUGACUUCUCAAGGCAUCCACUAGAAGAGAAAAUGUUCUCCCCUACACCUGAUGAGAAGAUGUUCAGAUUGCUGGCUAAAGCCUAUGCAGGUGCACAUCCAAUCAUUUCAGACAAAUCAGAAGCUCGUUGUGGUGGAAACUUCGUAAAACGAGGAGGAAUUAUAAAUGGUGCUCAGUGGUACAGCUUUACUGGAGGUAUGGCAGAUUUUAAUUACCUUCACACAAACUGUUUUGAAAUCACCUUGGAGCUGGGAUGUGAAAAGUUUCCUUUGGAGGAGGAACUGUAUUCAGCCUGGCAUGAAAACAAAGAAGCCCUUCUGACUUUUAUGGAAAUGGUACACCGCGGGAUAAAGGGAAUUGUGUCUGAUAAAUUUGGUAACCCAAUAAAAAAUGCCCGAAUUUCAGUAAAAGGGAUCCGACAUGAUGUUAUCACAGCUGCUGAUGGAGACUAUUGGAGACUCCUACCUCCGGGAAGAUACAUAAUCAGUGCUCAUGCUAUCGGAUACAGCAAGGUGAUGAAGAGGGUCAUUCUGCCUGCCAAGAUGAAAAGAGCUGGGAGGGUAGAUUUUGUCCUUCGAUCUCUAGAUACAAGGCCUAAAAAUUUCCUCUGGGGGCCGAUGGAAGACAUAUAUGAUCAAUACGACCCAUUGGAAUAUUUUGAUCCUCAUGCCCAACAUGCACAGUCUGAACGAAGAGAAGAAAGAGGGCAGCCUACACGGCACAAUGAGAAGCCUUGGUGGUGGUCUUACUUCAGCUCUCUAGGCCAGCAUAAACCACUGUGGCUGCUCAAACAGCGUUAAGUCAGAUCAUUGUUUUGCUCACCUUCUUAUGACACUGUUCCAUCAAAAUCCUAAUACCCUGAUUGCUAAUGGCAAUAUUUAAAUCUGUUUAAUUUGGAAAUACAGUGUUAACACCAUAAUCACUUUCUGUAAUUCUUUUUUUUUCUCUUUUCACAGAAUUGACUAUAUUCAAGUACUUUUAUAUAUUAAAAAAAUAGUACACAUUUG